AUAUUUCCUGCCCGAUACGGAACUUGCUCCGGCUCAGGGGCAUACCCAGUAGAAAACCCUGUACCUGGAUGAACAUUAAACAUAUGGCCGAUUAGGGGAGAGCUUGGAGAUUGGAUCAGUUGGGAAGGUCGAAGGAGCGAUCGAUCGUCCGGCUUUGUCACUCUACCUAUUCCUUUCGAGAUACACUUUCUAUGCUUCUUCUGUUGUGCGUAAUUUGAAGGGCUGUAGCCACGGUCCCGAAACCCUAGUUAUAGGUACAGCCCAUUUUGGAUGAAUCAGGGACUUGUAAGAUUCCAAUUCUGAUGCGCGGUCUGUUUCAAUUCUCUGUGCUGGGCUCUCAAGAUUCUAUUGUUGGGGUCGAUGAUGGAGGUCUUGAAGGAGAACCAAUUGGAAUUGGCCCUUUGCGAGUCGACGGCGUCAUCACAGGGCUUGUUGCAUUCCCAGAUGGAGCUUUUCCGGAGCCAGGUUGAUCAGCUCCAAAACAUCGUUGUCACGCAAUGCAAACUCACCGGCGUCAACCCCCUCUCUCAAGAAAUGGCGGCUGGGGCUUUGUCAAUUAAAAUUGGCAAAAGACCUAGAGAUCUGCUAAACCCUAAAGCUGUAAAUUAUAUGCAAUCAGUUUUCUCCGUCAAAGAUGCAAUUACAAAGAAGGAAUUUCGUGAAAUCAGUGCUCUUUUUGGUGUUACUGUUACACAGGUUCGCGAAUUUUUUAAUAAUCAGCGUUCAAAAGUGAGGAAAUUUGUUCGUUUGUCAAGGGAGAAGGCACUUAGAUCUAGUGCAUCUGAGCAGAUGCAGGAUGGGGUCCCAAUGAGCACUGAUCUUGCAAUGCCAAUUCAUCCAGUACCCUUAAACUCUUUGGGACCUACUGGCAGUGAAGAAAAACCUUGUUGCUCCACACAGGCUGAAACUCUGCCUGGCCUAGAGGGCUCCGACAGACAUUUUGUGGAUAAUAUUUUUGGUUUGAUGCGGAAGGAAGAAACAUUUUCUGGACAGGUUAAACUAAUGGAGUGGAUCUUGCAAGUUCAGAAUCCUUCAGUAUUAUACUGGUUCUUAACUAAAGAUGGUGUGAUGAUUUUAGCGACAUGGCUAAGUCAAGCUGCCACUGAAGAGCAAACAAGUGUUCUUCAUGUCAUUCUUAAGGUUCUUUGUCACCUGCCGCUACACAAAGCUCUUCCUGUACAUAUGUCAGCCAUACUACAAAGUGUUAACAGGCUGCGCUUCUAUAGGACACCAGACAUUUCAAACAGGGCAAGGAUUUUGUUAUGUAGAUGGAGCAAAAUAUUCGCAAGAAGUCAGCCUUUAAAGAAACCAGGCACUGUAAAAUCUUCUACUGAUGCACAGAAUGAGAUGCUACUGAAGCAGAGCAUUAAUGAAAUCAUGGGUGAUGAAUCAUGGGAGCCAAAAGUUGAUGUGCCUGAAGAUACUAUCGCUCCCUCAUUAGAAGGGUCAGAGAACUUCAGGAAAUUGGAAUCUCCGCAGCUACUGAAACUGCUCCCAGCAUCCACAGAUGAUUCUAAGAAGCUUACCCGAGGUGUAUCUUCAUCUCAAACUAGAGAACGAAGAAAAGUUCUUCUGGUGGAACAACCAGGCCAGAAAUCAGUUGGAAGAAACAUGCAGAUUACAAGAUCAGCAACUACAAGUCAAAGCCGUCCAUUAUCGGCUGAUGAUAUCCAGAAAGCAAAAAUGCGUGCUCAAUUUAUGCAGAGCAAACAUGGAAAAUCUGGUGCAUCUUCUGGUGAAGGCUUCCAUAUGAAGACUGAAAUUUCAUCCAAGAGCUCCUCUUCUUUGGCAAAAACUAUACUUUCAGCAUCUAGGGCUUGUGUUAGCCCACAAGUUGAGGAACACAAGGACCUUGUGAUGCUUCCCUCAAAAGAUUCUAUUCAGCAGGAAGCUCCCGUUAGUAAUAAGAUGAAUGUUGACCCAGAUGAACCAUUGUGGAAGAAGUGUAAGAGGGUUCAGAUCCCAUGGCUGAUGCCAGCAGAAAUGAGGAUCAAUGAACAUUGGAGUGUUGGCGCUGGAGAAAAUAGCAAAGAGGUUGAAGUUCAGAGAAACAGAAUCCGUAGAGAGAAGGAAAUAAAUUACAGAACAUUGCAGGAGAUACCAUCUGAUCCCAGGGAACCCUGGGACCGUGAGAUGGAGUAUGAUGACAGUUUAACUCCCGAAAUCCCCACUGUACAGUUGCCCGAUGCUGAUGGUGUUGAAACAGCAGUCUCUCAAUGCGAAAAUGAAACUAAUGCAGUUGCUCCGGGCCCUGCAUCUUCCCAGAACAGUACUGGGAGCUUGCCAGGGCCGGAUCUUGAGUUGCUUGCGGUGUUGCUGAACAACCCUCAAUUGGUUUUUGCUUUGACAUCUGUCCAAGGUGGUGGUAACUUAUCGAGUGAGGACACCGUGAAGCUGCUUGAUAUGAUUAAGGCCAAUGGGGUUGCCUCGCUGACUAGUUCGACUGUUGGAUUAGGCAGAAGUCGUGAGGAUAACGUUCAAGUUUCUCUUCCAUCCCCAACUCCUCCCAGCGAUCCUGUACCGAGCGGAUGGAGGGCGGAGAUGGGCAAAAACCCAUUUUCACGGCAAAGAGCCACAGCAAAUACAGAAACUAUUAUUGCCAGGCAAGAAGGGAUUAAUCCUCUUCCUGCUACUGCUUUUAUGGUUCAACCUGAAUUACCGCCUGUCAACUUCAUGGCCCAACAACGGCAAAGCAUCCCGAGUGUAUCCGACCUAGCAAUGGCUGAAUUGGCAGCAUUGCCGCCAUCAUCAACUCCUGUAGCUCCCCCACUACGCCAGAGCCCAAAUAUGCAAUUGCCUCCUCCAGAAAUGGUCCUAAACGUGAGAAAUAUUCCCGGUAAUAAUAGCUCACCCCUACCCAAUUUGGCAGCUGCAGCAUUAUUGCCUUCAAAUUCAGUGCGGGUUGAAGUUGAAUCCUCCUCGGUCUAUGUUAACCCGGCGGCACCACCCUCAGCCGCACACCCUCACGUUCAGGCACAUUCUUGGGGAGCUACCCAGGGUUUGGCCUCAAGUCCAAGUCCACAGCCCAACAAUUACAACGCAUUUAUGAGAGGGCAUGUGCAGCCGGGCUCUUCUCGGGAUAGAAAUGAUCAUCAUAUGGGUGAGCCGGGGUUUGAGUCAUGGAGCCCGGAGCGUGGUCUGGCUAGACCUUCCCAGCAAAUCCCCGGGUGGAGCUACCCGGAAUCCACCAGAAUGAACAUAGUGGGCCAUAACUACAGGUCCGACCCAGACCGGCCGAGAUCGCGAAAUUCUUACGGGUACCAGGAGUAUGACACUGACAGGCAUGUAAACAAACGGCAACGAGACUGGAGGAGAUGAGACGAUGAGUGUGUGUGUGUGUGUGAAUCUUGGUUGGGUGGCAAUAUGGGCCGAAACUGGAGGACAGAUUGAUGCUUGGUAGCAUAGUGGUGUUACUGUUCAAAAAUGGGAUAUCAAAAAUUUUGGGGUUGGAGGAGGCUCCAAUCCAAACGGGUUUAAGGUCUAACAGUUAACAGCACCGGCCAGACAUCACAACUCUAGUGAAUCUUGUGUUGUGUGGACUCUAGUCCUUCCAUUGGUGGAAAAAUCUGUCAUUUGUUCAUUAUUAUUCAGUAAACUCGUAGUUGUAGGUAUCGAAAAGUAAUCCUAACAAUUGAGAGAUGGACUCUGGCUCCGCAAGGAAUUCAUGUUAUUUCCCUUUCCAUUAACCUCAUCAAUGAAAAAUUUUGUAUCA